UUGCCCGUCCUGCGAAGCGACAUGAGUCUCAAGGGAUCCCUCAGCAGCAACCCUGGCUCAUCAAAUGGCAGCAUGGGCAGAGCGGACGGAGCCUCCAAGCUGAGUGCAAAGGACCUGUACGGAGUCUCAGUGAUUCCUGGUAGCUUUGGAGAAGAUGCAAAGGACAAGCUUAGUAGAUCUCAUAGAAAACAACUCCAUGAACAAAGGAAAAAAUACUCCAACUCCAACGUCAUCAUGCAUGAGACUUCACAGUACCACGUACAGCACUUGGCCACAUUCAUCAUGGACAAGAGCGAGUCCAUCGUGACGGUGGACGACGCUAUUCGAAAACUCAUCUUGCUCAACUCAAAAGAGAAGAUCUGGACGCAGGAGAUGCUGCUGCAAGUGAACGACAAGUCCAUCCGCUUGCUGGACUGCGAGUCACAGGAGGAGCUGGAAGACUUCCCUCUGCCGACAGUCCAGCACUGCCAAACGGUGCUGAACCAGAUGCGCUAUUCCUCCAUCCUCCUCCUGGUGUGUCAGGACUCAGAGCAGCACAAACCUGACAUUCACUUCUUCAACUGCGACGAGGUGGAGGCGGAGAUGAUUCACGAGGACAUAGAUAGUGCCCUGGCAGACCACAAGCACGGGAAGAAGAUACGGCCACAGACACUCAAAGCAAACCAAGAAAAGAUCAAGCAGAGACAAUCCAUCCUACCACCGUUGCAAGGGCCAGCUCCCAUCCCGAUCCAGCACGACAUGCGAGGCUCAGGGAUGAACAGGAACCGGGUAGCACCCCCUUCUCAGCAUGACCCAGACUAUGAACGACGAGGCUCUGGCUCUCAUGACCACGAAGAGUCCCGAGCUGUCUUAGCACAGAAGAUUGAAAAAGAAACGCAAAUCCUGAACUGCACUCUGGAUGACAUUGAAGUGUUUGUCGCCAGGCUUCAGAAGGCUGCAGAGGCAUUCAAACAGCUCAACCAAAGGAAGAAGGGGAAGAAGAACAAGAAGAAAGGGCCAGCAGAGGGCAUGCUGACUCUUCGAGCAAGACCCCCAAGCGAGGCCGAGUUCAUCGACUGCUUCCAGAAAACCAAACUGGCUUUUAACCUCUUGGCCAAACUGAGAAAGCACAUCCAGAACCCCAGCGCUUCAGAGUUGGUGCAUUUCCUAUUUGGGCCAUUGGAACUGAUCAUCAAUAGCUGUGGUGGCCCUGAGCUUGCCAGGUCUGUCGUCAGCCCACUUCUUUCUAAAGACGCCACAGAUUUCCUCAGAGGACACCUGACACCGAAAGAGAUAAACCUCUGGGACUCCCUGGGAGAGGCGUGGACCAGAUCCAGAGCUGAAUGGCCCCGAGAAGCAAACAUCCCCACCUACAUCCCCAAAUUCCGCAAUGGCUGGGAACCGCCCAUAGAAAUCUUCCGCGGCGCUCCCUGGGAAAUAGACAUCGGACACUUGCAAGAGGAGCUAUCAUCAGCCAACGGAUAUCCUUACCGUAACUCCUCACUCAAGCGUGGCCAGACCUCCGACCAGACACAAGCUGUGGAUGCCUUUAAACAGAACGUAACUCAGCAUGUAAAUAGGAAUUUUGAGGCACAGGGAAUAGCUCUGCCGAAGAGAUAUGCCAAAAUCCGCUACGAUUUCACUGCGCGAAAUGCCAAUGAACUCUCAGUGCUUAAGGAUGAGAUCCUGGAGGUGUUGGAAGAUAAUAAGCAGUGGUGGAAGUUGCUCAACCGGAGCGGGCAGGCUGGUUACGUCCCUUAUAACAUCCUGGACGUGGUGAAACUGGAAGACCUCGAACAGGUCUGUAGUCAGUCUAACCAGAGGUACAAAGGAGACCUGAGCCCCAGGGGAUAUGGACCAUCCAGCCCAACUCACAAGCUACCUGCCAGCUACGCUGGGGAUAAGUGGGGAAGUGAAAUGUUAUCGCGCAACUCUCCCCAGGACGCCAAAGAACAACUUAUUCAUCAAAUGGACGAGCUGAAUGAUGAGUUGCUAAAGAAGAUCACAAACAAUAAAAUUCAGCCUCCACACAGGAAUUUCAAAGUAGAAAAGCCUCAGCAAGUUUUUGUGCCCCUCACCUUCGAAUCCAGCACUGAAGAAGUCAAAGCUUGGCUGGAGGCAAAGGCAUUCAGCAAAGAGACAGUGGAACACCUUGGCAUCCUUACUGGAGCUCAGCUCUUCUCCCUCAACAGAGAGGAGCUGAAGAAAGUGUGUGGGGAUGAGGGAAACAGAGUAUACAGUAAAAUCACAGUGGAGAAAAACCAACUGGAGAAAAGCAGAGGUGAGUCAGAGCUCCAAGAAAUCAUGAAGCGUCGCCAGGAAAGGAUUGAUUCUGCUAAUUAAAAUCUAUAUCUGCUUUAUUUCAGCUAUUAGUCAUAGUAGUGCAGAAAAAGGGAAUGAAAGCAAUGAGCCCCAGUCCAGACAAAAGACAGCAGUGCUCCACACUUAGCGGGGUGUAAUUGCCAUCAAAGCGACAAUUUCUUGAAUGCUGUUAAUAAGGGUAGACAAUAAGACCAUGUCCCAUUGGGAAAGGUGUUUUAAUAUUGCAUGAGUAUUUUUUUUUUUAUAACUAUAUAUUUUAUACUGAAAUUUUAUGUGCAUGCGAUCA